UCUCUCUCUACCAAUUGUAAGGAAAUGAGAAAGACGAGUAUUUUAUCUCUCAUCCUUUACACACACAUCUUCAGCACCGAAUACGCAAUUGUGUGUAUAAAUCUUUGGCAGAGAUCAUCGGAUCUCAAUAAUCCAUUCAUGUUCGUCGUCUUCUCUCUAUUCCUCACUCUGUUUCUCUCUCACACACAUACUCACAGCUCUACUUGACUUCUUUAAUAAUACAGAGAAGGAAAAAGAUUAAAGGGCCGAAAGAUUAGCAAUUUGUAGUUCAUAUAAAACUCCGAUUUAGUCGUAUAUUUUUCUUUCUUGGUCCAAACCAAGAAAAUAUCCAAAGCCCAUCAUCUAAUCUAAUCCUCCUUAAAGAGCAGUCUUUUUUAAUUCUUGAUCUUCUUCCCCAUUUUGUAAGGAAAAAUUAUGCGUACAGCUACCAGUCGCUGAAAACACACAUACACAUACGUAUAUAAGCUAUAAAGAUUCAAUUUUGGGCUCCCCUCUUUUAUAGCAUGUAAAUGGGUUCACUUGAAAGCGGGCCGCCACUGAAAAGGGAUAACCGUUUGCCGCUUUAUUCUUCAUCCAUUAGGAACAGUAAUAGUAAGAGCAGUAGGAGCAGAUCAAGAUUUUCCAGAUUUGUGCUUUGCAAGAAGAUUGACUAUCUGCAGCUGAUUUGUGGGGUGGCCGUCUUUUUCUUAUUUGUUUUCCUCUUCCAGAUUUUCUACUUGCCUGGCUCCAUCACGGAGGAUGGAGUUAAAUCUGGUGAAUUCAAAAGAACCCAUGAUUUUUUAUGGAGGGAUGUUGAGGAGAAUCUGACAUUCUUGAAUGAGUUGGAUUUUGGUGAGGAUUUGAAGUUCGAGCCUUUGAAAAUCAUGGAGAAAUUUCGGAAGGGUGUUGAUGUAGCGCGGAAAAGUGUCGGUUCUGAGAAUGUUUUGAGAUUUGGGUACAGAAAACCAAAGCUUGCCCUGGUAUUCUCGGAUCUGUGGAUCGAUCAACAUCAGAUACUAAUGGCGACAGUUGCUAGAGCAUUGCUGGAAAUCGGAUAUGAAAUUGAGGUUAUUUCAUGGGAAAAAGGUCCAGCACAGUCUAUCUGGAGAGAGAUGGGAAUUCCUCUGACUGUCAAUGUGGGUGAUGAGAUCACUAAGUGCAGUGUAGAUUGGCUAAACUAUGAUGGCGUACUUGUGAAUUCUCUUAAUUCUGCAGGUUUCUUGUCUUGUCUCAUGCAGGAACCUUUUAGAAAUGUCCCUCUUGUAUGGACUAUCCACGAACAGUCACUUGCCGCUCGAUUGAGACAAUAUGUUUCGAGUGGUCAAAGUGAGCCGGUCAACAUCUGGAGAAAACUCUUCUCGAGAGCCACUGUUAUUGUCUUCCCAAACUAUAUUCUGCCGAUGACUUAUUCGGCUUGCGAUCCUGGGAACUAUUUUGUCAUCUCUGGCUCUCCAAAAGAAGCUUGGGAAGCUGAUAAGCAAAUGGUUUCAAUGGAAGAUAGUUCAAAUUUGAAAAAAGUGGGGUAUUCACCCGAUGGUUUUGUUAUGGCAAUUGUGGGGAGUCAAAUAUCAUAUAAAGGCAUGUGGCUCGAUCACGCCUUUGUCUUACAGACAUUGCAUCCGCUUCUUACGGACUUUGGCGAAUCGAGUUCUCGUCUUAAAAUCAUUGUGUUGACUGGGGAUUUGACCGGUAAUUACAGCAAAAUCGUGGAGACAAUUUCUCUGAAAUUGGGAUAUCCAAAGGGGACAGUGAAGCAUGUUCCUGCUAAUGAAAAUACUGACACUGUUAUAAGUAAUGCACAUCUCGUGAUAUACGGGUCGUUUCUCGACGAGCAUUCUUUCCCCGACAUUUUGCUGAAAGCCAUGUGCUUGGAGAAACCUAUUGUAGCCCCAGAUCUGCCUGCAAUACGAAAAUAUGUCAGUCACAAAGUGAACGGCUAUAUUUUCCCGAAGGACGACAUGAAUUUUCUCAGUCGGAUCAUAUUUCAAGCCGUCUCAAAUGGAAAACUCUCCCUCUUAUCCACUAAUAUCGCGUCUAUGGGAAAAAGUACAGCUAAAAACUUAAUGGCCUCGGAAAGCGUGGAAGGUUACACGUCCCUACUCGAAAACAUUCUCUCUCUACCCUCAGAGGUUUUUGUCCCCAAAGCUGCCAACAAUAUUCCUGAAAAGCUGAAAGCCGAAUGGCAGUGGCAUCUUUUUGAAGCAAUUGGAGGUAAUCAUUCACUGUACCAAGCCAGGACUGAGUUUUUGGAUAGAGUCGAAAAGCAAUUUAAUGGUAGCAGUGGAAAUAAAGCGGUGGAUUCGGGUGAGAAGUUUUCAUAUGAGAUAUGGGAAGAGCAAAAGUAUAUUGAUACUAUCACUGUGAGAAAGAGGAGAGAGGAUGAAGAGUUGAAGGAUAGAACAGAUCAACCUCGGGGAACUUGGGACGAUGUAUACAGAAAUGCCAGAAGGGCAGAUCGGUCAUUACACGAAAUAGAUGACGAAGAACUCGAAAGGACUGGUCAAUCACUAUGUAUCUAUGAACCUUACUUUGGAGUUGGGACCUGGCCCUUUUUGCACCAUACUUCUCUAUAUAGAGGACUUGGGCUGUCAACGAAAAGUCGAAGGCAAUGGGCUGAUGAUAUUGAUGCUCCUUUAUGUCUCCCGCUUUUGAAUGAUGCUUAUUAUCGAGAUUUAUUGGGAGAAUAUGGAGCAUUUUUCGCGAUUGCUAACCGAGUUGACCGUAUUCACAAGAAUGCUUGGAUAGGAUUUCAAUCUUGGAGAGCUACAGCAGAUAUGAUAAUAUGUUGUCUGACACGAUUAAUUUACCAGAAAUCUUUGUCUAAAAGUGCCCAAAGAUCGUUAUUGGAUGCUAUCGAAGCACAAAGGCAUGGCGACACGUUGUACUUCUGGGCUCGUUUGGACAUGGAUCAAAGAAACCCAUCAAAACAGGAUUUCUGGUCAUUUUGCGAUGCUAUUAAUGCUGGAAAUUGCCAGUUUGUGUUUGCUGAGACUCUAAAGCAAAUGUACGGCAUAAAGCAUAACUUGAGUUCUCUUCCAUCAAUGCCUUCUGAUGGAGGCACUUGGUCCAUUAUGCAUUCGUGGGUUUUACCGACCAAAUCCUUCAUGGAGUUUGUUAUGUUUUCGAGAAUGUUUGUAGAUGCACUCGACACAAAAUUCUAUGACGAACACCAGAAAAAUGGUCGAUGUUAUCUCAGUUUAUCCAAGGACAAGUAUUGUUACUCUCGUUUGCUCGAGCUACUCGUGAAUGUAUGGGCAUAUCAUAGUGCACGAAAGAUGGUGUACAUGGACCCACAGACAGGUGUCAUGCAAGAACAACACGACCUCAAAGGGCGAAAAGGUCAAAUGUGGGUCAAAUGGUUCCAGCUCACCACCCUCAAGACAAUGGACGAGGAUUUAGCCGAGGAGUUUGAUUCCAACCGAACCAAAAAGCGGUGGCUUUGGCCGUUGACUGGCGAGAUAUUCUGGCAAGGGACAUAUGAGAAGGAGAGGAAUAUGAGAAAUAAAGAGAAAGAAAAGAAAAGGCAACAGAGCAAAGAUAAAAUCGAAAGGAUUAGGAAAAGAACUCAUCAGAGGGUCAUUGGCAAGUACGUGAAGCCUUCUCUCUCGACUGAGUCGAAUUCUACGAGUUUGGAGUCCAUUCCUUUGAGGUAGUAAUGAAUCUUGUGCCAUUUUUAUGUCAAUACUAAUCUGCUAAUUCUUUUGAAUCAUUUUUCUCUUUUUUCUUUUUUUUUUUUAAUCUUCUUUUGGAGUUUUACUGGAAUAGGGGUGCGGAUUGUAAGUUUCGUCGCGAGUCGAGUUUGUAUUCAUUUUUUUGCAUCCUUUUUUGGAUUUUCGCGAGGUUCUUUCGAGUAUAUACCAAUUUGUUCCCUCCCUUUUUUAUUCUCCCUUCAUUCUUUUGAUUUGUAUAGAAAUGUAACUAGUGGAUGUUGAACUUUCUUAUGGACUAUGCUACUUGUGACUUGCACAAAUGUGAUACAUUACCUCCUGUAUCAAUUUUAAAUCAUUUAUUUAUAUCAAUA